AUGCUUAACCCAGUUUCAGUCGCAAUAGACGAUGAUGUCGAUACCCUCAACGGACGCAUCGCAUCGGUCAAGCUGGAUGAGAGAGAGGAGAAUCCAGGUCGCAUCAAGCAGAUCAACCCUUUUGUGCCCUACCUGGAGAAUGGGUCGCUCCGUCUUGUGGACGAUUUAGCCCGAACGCUCAUGCCGAAACACCUCAGCGGUUUGCAAAAAACCCGUUGGCUCGAGAUCAACGAAAGUUGCCCGAUCUACGUCGCGGGACGGAAAUUCCAGAUAAAAUAUGGGAUAUCAGAGGCAAGUUUCCAGAAUUGGAUAAAGUUACUUUGUGGAUACCUGGACUUCCCGGUGAUUCUAUUACUCAACCCCAGCGGAUUUGACGUUUCAGAGUAUGAGGAAAUGGUUCAACAGUCCCCAACGCUGCUGUGGUUGAAGGAUAACCUCGAGAUAUUGAAUCUCGAAUUGCACGAUGUGAUUGUGUUGGACACGUUUCCAAUGGUUACGGACGGAUUAUCGGAGUCAUAG